AUGUUCUCAAUCGCGACUGCACCGGCCAAGCAGUCCGCUACGGAUACCAUUUCCGUUCUAAGUGGCCGGUUAAGCUCUGCCACCUUGUUGGAGGACCGCCGGGCUGCCAUCCUAGGGCUGCGGAGCUUUGCGAAAGAUUUCCCGGCCACUGUCUCGUCCAGCGCGUUGAGAGGGCUUAUUGGGAGUCUGGCAAAGGAUGGCGAGGAUGUCGACACUGUGAAGGUUGUGCUAGAAACGCUGCUUAUGCUCUUCACGCCCAAUGAAGAUAGUCCGGAAGCCUCUGAUGAGGUUGUAUUAUGGCUCGCUGACGAGUUUACGCAACGCCAAGAGAAUGUCACCUUGCUUCUCGACUUUCUCGAAACGAACGAUUUCUAUUCCCGACUAUACUCGUUGCAACUACUGGGAGCAAUCCUUUCUGCCCGGACUGAGCGAACCGAGGAAUGUGUUUUUACUGCACCGCUAGGAAUAUCCCGCCUGGUUUCUACUCUUGACGAUCAGCGUGACGCCAUUCGAACCGAAGGUAUAAGCCUUCUUACAAGUUUAACGCCCGCCUCAGUCGACAUACAAAAGCUAGUUGCUUUCGAAAAUACCUUUGAGAAAUUAUUUGCAAUCAUUGAGUCUGACGGCUCGUUAUCUGAAGGAGGGCGGACGGUGGAAGAUUGUCUCAUUCUAUUAGCGAAUCUACUACGUCGCAAUGCAUCCAACCAGACACUCUUCCGUGAGUCUGGAUGCAUGAAGAAGUUAGCAGACCUGUUGCGCAGCGUUUCGCAAUUUGGGGGUGGCGACGAAGUCGCAAUUUGGGCCCAAGCACAAAGAAAUAGGAAUUUAUACGCGUUUCUAGCAAUUCUGAGGCUACUUCUUAGCCCUGGUUCCGCGGGCGUUUCGCGUAACCAAAAGUUACUCUGGAAACACGGGCUUUGCGCCGACGUUCUUCAUCUGGCAUUUAGCUCCGACAUUCAGAUGGAAAUCAGAGCUGAGGCUUUGAUCGCGUGCGGUGACAUGAUUCGUGACUGUGAAGCAUUGCAGGAGAGCUUUGCUCAGCUCAGUGUAUCACGGAUAGGGAACAAGCACGCUCCUUCGAGUGAACCGAAAAGCCACUCACAAGUAUACGUCAUUGAUGGGUUACUUGACCUUAUCCUAAACCUGCAAGACAGUGCUGCUUUCAAUGUCCGUUAUGCGGCUAGUGAGUGUUUAAAGGCCUACUUCUCUAAUCACUUGAAUGUUCGGUUGCAUUUCCUUACACGGGCUAUCGAAGGCUACUUGACGGGUAGCGAGGAUGCAACUAAUGCACUGGCAGUAUUGCUUGCGCCCUCUUCCGAGCAAUCGGCAAGCGACCCAUAUCAUCUAUGGUUUGCCGCGAUAAUUACAUUCCACUUGCUCUAUGAUAAUUCUGCUGCCAAGACGAAAGCCCUAUCACUCACUGAGGGUGAUGCUGCCGAAGAUGAGGAGCUUGUUACAAGCAUCCAAACCGUGACAGCACAUCUUUUGACAGGUAUUCGACGAGGUGAUGACGCUCGCAUUUCUGUCGGUUACUUAAUGCUCCUUACAAUAUGGCUGUUCGAGGAUUUGGAUGCGGUCAACGACUUUCUAUCCGAAGGGAGCAAUGUUCAGAGCCUGAUCCAAACAAUUUCGCAGCCUAUCGUGCAAGGGAGCGAAAUAGUUCAGGGUCUUUGUGCUAUGCUUCUUGGAACCGUCUAUGAAUUUUCUACGAAGGAUUCGCCUGUGCCAAGAACGACGCUACAUACCAUCCUGACGACUCGGCUAGACCGAGAACAAUACCUUGAUCGACUACUCAAACUGCGCUCACACCCAUUGCUGCGAGACUUUGAAACAAUACCACAAAGGAGAGACCCAGCCUUGGCUAGCGGUCUAGCAGACGUAUAUUUCGACUCUGUAUUCGUCAACUUCUUCAAAGACAACUACAGUCGCAUUGCAAGAGCUCUCGACAGAAGCCCUGAGCUUGAAAUUUCCGUCAUCACCAAUGGUGUCCAGAAAGGAAUCUCCAGGGACCUGGUGGAUUCCCUGCGUGAGCAAAUACAAGAGAAGGAUAGGGCCAUCGAAGAGGCGAAGAUAGCUUCCGAAUCCCAAGCAUCGCGUCUUGGCCAGGAGCAAGGCGAGUACCGCCGCUUCAAGGAAGAAGCAAAUAAAGAGCUGCAAAAGGCGCAGGAGGAAACCAAACGAGAAAAGGCAAUGGCUAAGGCCGCACAGGAAGGACUUCAGAGGUCCCACGAAGCAGAAAUCAAGAAGUUGCAGAGCCUUCUUUCUGCGAAGGACGUUGACACUCAAAAGCAGAUCGCAGCCGUGAAGUCAACCUUGGCCUUAACGGAAGCAGAACAUGAGAAAAAGGCCGCGGCCCUCAAAGCAGCCAUCGCUGCUAAGGAUUCUUCUCUAGAACAGCAAUUGAAUGCAACCAAUAAUGAGCGAGAGAGAGACUCGCAGAAUAAGCACGUCCAGUUGCAAGCGUUCGUACGCGAAGCGGACGAACUUCGCGACGAACUGAAUUCGACCCGCGAAAAGCAGGCCACAACGAUAGAGGAGCUGCGCAAACGGAUUAAGGAACUAGACGAACAACUCGAUGGAGCCAGGCGACAAAUUGAUGACACGCGGAAAGAGAAAAUCAAGGCAUGCUGCAUCGAAUCAACACUGGCAACCAGUAAAAAGGAAAAGGAGAGCGUCCAGUCCGAACUUGAUGACCUGCUGAUCGUGUUUACGGACUUGGAAGAUCAAGUGGCCAAGUACAAGAAACGCCUUCGAGAACUUGGCGAGCCUGUGUCGGAUGGUGAGGACGAAAGUGAUGACGACGACGACGUUGACUAG